CAGGACCAAAAUCAGCCCACGGUGCCGUUCAACUUCUUUUCGGAGGCUAAUAUUGACCUCUUGAAUUUUCCCUGGGUCUUGUUUUUCCCCGUUUUCAACAAUGGGCAGCGAGCUCUCCGACUUUGAAAAGCAGCGGUUGGCCAACAUCGCGGAACGCGAUGCGCUGCUUAAAAAGCUCACUCAAGAGGCGCAGUCCUCCGGCCUGUUCCCCCCGAAGCUAGCAAAGGCCUCAUCCGGCGAUACCGGGAAAGCGAAGAAGAAACCUCCCCCCAAGAAGAUUAAGAAAGAAGAGGAAGCUCCCUUGCCGCGCCGCACGUCUUCGCGGUUGAGGGGCAUUGCGGCGGAAAGCGAGGUCGCGAAGCGCAAAGCGGAUGAUGAGUAUGAAGUUGCGAUGGAGGCAGCGCGGGCGAAGCGGGUUCGCAAGUCGGAUGCUUUUACUUUCAACGAAAUGAUCGUUUCGGGGCAGAAACUUAGCGGGGAUGCCUUGAUUGGCGUGGAUGUGGUCACCAAGGGUGUCGCGAAGCCGUACGAGCGAACCUUUGGGGAUGCUGAGAUCAAGAAGACAUCGGAUAAGGAUUUGAAGGCUCUGAGGGAGGAAAUGAGCGGGUUGCAGCUGUGGGAGCCUUGGGAGCCUAACCGAAUCAAGCUCACCCCGGAACGAGUCUAUACCAUGACCUUUCACCCUUCCGAAACCAAGCCGUUGAUCUUUGCCGGAGAUAAAAUGGGGCACCUGGGUGUUCUUGAUGCCUCUCAAGAGAAACCGAUAUCGACGAAGACCGAAGACGACGACGAAGAGGACGACGACCCAGACCCUGUCCUCACCACCUUGAAACCACACACCCGCACAAUUAGCUCAAUGAUGAUCCACCCAUCGAAGCCCACCCACCUCUACACAGCCAGUUACGACAGCUCCAUCCGGGAGAUGGAUCUAGAAAAGACAACAUCAGUAGAGAAAUACGCCCCCGAAUCCACAUCCGAAGACGUCCCCAUCUCCGGCAUCGACAUGGCCCUAGACGACCCCAACUGUCUGUACUGGACAACCCUGGACGGAGCAUUUGGCCGCUACGACACCCGCACCCCACGGGGCGACAGCACGGUGGAGAACUGGCAGCUCUCCGAUAAGAAAAUCGGUGGCUUCUCCCUGUACCCUGCACACCCGCACUACUUCGCCACGGCCAGCUUAGACCGCACUAUGAAACUGUGGGAUCUCAGAAAGUUGUCGCAUGACGAACCGGUCCCCAUCGGCGAGCAUCAGAGUCGUCUCUCGGUCUCUCAUGCGGCCUUUAACAGCGCCGGCCAGAUUGCCACUUCCUCCUACGACGAUACCCUGAAAAUAUACGACUUGGGCGCAAAGGGAAUCUCCUCCUGGAAGCCAGGCCAUACCGUCUCCGAUGACCAGAUGAAACCAGACACGGUCGUAAGACAUAACUGCCAGACCGGACGCUGGGUUACCAUGUAUGUCCUGUCCCAUUCCCACUCCCCUCCUCAUGCCAAACCCCUAUACUAACACGAUAUCCAGCCUCCGCCCCCAAUGGCAAGCAAACCCGCAAUCCCCCAUCCAACGGUUCUG